AUGGCGCCUAAAUUGGGUGUUUGCACGGUGCUCUUGGCUCUUCAGUCUGUCUCUGCUCUACCCGCUCACGUCGGCGCACAAGAUGUCAUAUCGCCAUGGAAGGAUACCGCGACAGGUUUCGGACCAGAUGUUGGCCUCGCCAAGACCUGGAACGCCUCCUUCCCGCUGUUUGAAGGCAUAACGUCGUCACCGACCAACAACAGCGGUGCGACUGGUAGCGACGGGAUCGGACUCAGUCGCAGAGCCACCAAGGAUUUCUGGCUCAGGGUCAUGCCUCUAGGUGCCUCUAUCACGCAGGGCAUACAUUCGUCAGACGACAACGGCUAUAGGAAGUGGAUACGAGAGCAACUGCGCUGGGAAGGUUGGCAAGUGAACAUGGUGGGAUCAGGACAGGCGGGGACAAUGAAAGACAGGGAUCACGAAGGUCAUCCCGGCUGGAUCAUUACGGAAAGCCCAGGACACAGUGGUGUACAACAGGCCUGGGACGCCGCAAAAUGGAUGAAGCCCAACCUGGUACUGCUUAACGUCGGUACCAACGACUGCAGUUUCAAUAUUGACUUGCCGGAUGCCGGGGCUCGAAUGCAGUCCCUGGUUCAAAGCAUCUUUGACGCUGUACCUGGUGUCGUUGUUAUCAUGUCAACCCUACUUCCAAGUCCUGGUAUUACGGACUGCGCUAAAGAUUUGAGCGCCCAGUUCCGCCAGAUUGUACCAAAGAUCCAGAACGGCAGGCUAGGUCUCGCCGACUUCAACGCCGCUAUGGAUCAAGCGACCAUGUUCUCGGACGAUCCUAUCCACCCAAACGACUAUGGGUACGAGUUCAUGGCCUCUGUCUGGUGGCAGGCCAUCAAUGAACUUUCUUCUGCCCUAUCAGCGCCGUUAGAUAACGGUCAAGACGACUCCCAACCCACCAAUACUUGUGCCAAACAGGCCGGUGUCUCGCGCGGGCCCAUCAUUACGCAGAAUGGUUCUGGCCACGAUGACGGCAUCUACGUCCACAAGUCCACUAGCAAGGGCGUCCUAGUUGAUGGCAGGAUCCAAAAACCUACAGACAAGACCGAGUCUGAUGCUAUCCCUUCGCACAUGUUCUUUGCCGAAUUGACCAAUACCAACGGUGUCGACAGAAGCGCGGCCUUAGAUGACUGGAUUCGCAUUUACCACAGGUCUGCCACGGAUGGUAAGAACGAGUACUGGUUCCGCGAAAACCUCGGCAACGGCAGUUUUGCGUCGUCAGUGAUGCUGGACGUUCAACAGAAUUGUGACGGAGGACCAACUGAUUUCUGGUGCAUUGGAUCGGACACGCAGAUCACAGUCUCCCUCAACAAGGGAACAAGUCCUCCCACGUUCGAGAACAUCGGCGUGGUUGUCCCGGCGAGUGGAAACUUUACAUCAGCAGACGUCCGGAUUGCUGAUAUAGACGGCGACGGGAGGGCUGAUGUCUGUUUCAUCCACGAUAACGGUGACAUUGGCUGUUCCAGAAACGGAGGCCAGGGAAGGAACUAUUAUUGGCAAGGCUUCUCCACGGACACUGGCCUGCGAGAGACUAUCUUCACUGGCAAGAACAAGGGCGAUAAGACCGGCGUUCGCCUCGCCGAUCUAAACGGAGACUUCCGAGACGAUUGGAUGUGGGUUGGUGAUCAGGGAGACGUCGAUACAUGGAUCAACCAGCGUGGGUCAGGCUCUGGCAUUGUGCCGAACUGGUCCGCGUCUGGUAUCACGCAUGCUGGUAUGAACACGCCUGGCGUACGUGAGCAGAUCAAAUUCGGCCGGAUCUACGGCUCAGGUCGACGCGAUUACAUCUACUUCAAGGAAGAAGACACUUACUAUGACAUGCUGGUAUGGGAGAAUCAAGGGGCCGGAGGGACAAAAUUGAAAGGCGAUGGGGUUUUCUAUUGCGACAUGACAGGCAGCGGGAGCGAUGAUUAUGUCUGGAUCUACAUGGAUGGCCACGCCGAUUCGACCGAUUUCUUUGCGAACGUUCACUCUCCGCCAGAUUGGGGCCAUAGCAUCUCCAUCACGCUGUCAGUCCCAGGGCCGCGUGUGGGCAUCCACCUAGCAGAUUUUGACGGCGAUGGACGCUGCGACGUAAUUGUGCAGAACAAGGCCACGGGAGCUCUAACCUUGUGGCAUAACGAUUACGAUGCAGCCGCCAAGUUGCUCAAGUUUAGUAACCAGGGAGUGAAGUCGGGGAGCGCUGGCUGCACCCAGGGAUGGGGUGUUGGCAUUUUCGACCGCGGCAUGCGGAUUGCCGAUAUUGAUGGCGAUGGUCGUGCGGAUAUCCUGUGCUUGGAGCCUGAUGGACGGAUAACGGCUUGGCUGAAUACAGCAACAGGGCUCCAAAAUGUUGGUCAGGUCAAGUUCAGUGAAGGUUGGGACAGGGCCAAUAUACGCUUCGCCGAUGUAGAGGCUUCAGGCCGGGCCGACCUCAUCCAUGUUGACAAGUACACAGGUGCCGCAACAUUAUUCAAGAACGACGGGUACCAGCCCAAUGACGUUGACGCAAAUGGUGGGAGCUCGUUCCAUUGGACUAACCGUGGUGUUGUGUACUCACCGAUAGACCGCGGGGAGAAUAUGCACUUUGUGAAUUUCGGGGGUCUUGGGCGGGCAGACCUUCACCAUGUUUGGCCUGAUAAGAACAAUGCCGAGACCUUUUUCAACGAGUGUCCUGGCGGAGGCAGUGGAGGCGACGACGGCCCUAUCGUCGAUCCGGGACUCCCAGCCUUGUAA